ACAUGGCUGACGAUAACUUGGGCAAAAAUAGUAAUAACAAUACAGAUAUCACGACAAAUUUAGAGUCAACCCUAAAUGUAGCUUCGCUGCUUCAGUUAUUAACAAAUCCAACAGUUUUGCAGCAAGCUAUUACAAAUAUUACUACGCAAAAUCAACAAAUCCCUUUUGUGCCAAUUUCUACGCCUAAUUCUACUAUUUCUAUACCAUCAAAUACUCUUAUAGGCGUCAUUAAUAUAUCAUUUCCACGUGGUUCAAUACAAAAUCCUAUUACUAAAGAAGAAUAG